GUUCACUUGUUCUCUCCGUUAGUUAUCAGGGUUCAGAGACUUUCUAUCAAAGCAAAACCCUAAUUUGUUCGUCCUCACGAGCUUCUGCGCAAUUUAACUUUCUCGUUAUAGUCUCUAAAGCAGAGUUCUGGAUUUUUCAGGGUUCUUCUGUAUCCUAAUACAAUUUGAACUUGAAUUUUUUGGGUGGGGACCCUGACCCUUCUGCCCCACGCUCAUCGUGUUUUCUUCUCACUUCUCCAGCCCUAGCCGCCGCAUCUUCCAUUUUUGGAAGUAGCGGAUAGCGGAAAUAUCACUUCUGAAUCUAAUAGCUGCAAUGGACAUGGACUGGUCUGAAUCCAGAUACAAGCGACACAAAGAGAAGGAUGGUCUAGAUGAUUCUCCUAGAAAACAACAUUUGGAUGGAGCAUAUGAUGAGGAUGGCACUGAAAAAUUGAGUAAGCAUUCUAGUAGGGAUAAGGACCGGAGGAAGAGCAGCAGAGGAGAAGACAGGGACACAGAUCAUAGAAACAAGGACAGAGAACGUUCCAAGAGAACUACUGAAGAUUUGGAGAAGGAGCAAGAGGACUAUGUGGAUAAGGAGCGUGGCAAAGAUAGGAGUAGGGAUAGCAAGGCAAAGGACAAAGACCAUGAUCGUGAUAAGUCUAGAGAGAAGGACCGUGAGCGUGACAAGGAUAGGAAAGAACGAGGGAUGGAAAAGGAGCGAGAAAGAGAGAGAGAUAUUGAUAAGGAAAGGGGAAAAGAGAAGAACAGGGAAAGGGAGAGAGAAAGAGAAAGAGGGAAGGAGAAGGAGAGAGAGAAGUAUAAGGAUCGAGAGAAGGAGAGGGAAAUUGAUAAAGAUAGAGAUAGGGAAAAAGGAAGAGAGAAGACUAAGGAGAGGGAAAGAGAAGCAGAUCAUGAGAAAGAAAGGUUGAGAGAAAAAGAUAAGUUGAGCAAAAGAGUCUAUAGCGAAGACUAUGAUAGAAGCAAGGACGAUAUAGUUGAAUUGAGCUAUGAAAAUAGCAAGGAUAGAGAUGAUUCAAAGCAAGCGAAUGCUUCCUUUGAUGAUGACUAUGAGCAAAAAGUUGAAGGUAAAUCUGGUGAAGGAUAUGCAUCUGCCUUGGCACUUGAGGGGCGCAUUUCUAAGAUGAAAGAAGAAAGAUUAAAGAAAAAUUCAGAAGGCUCUGAGGUUUUAGCAUGGGUUAAUAGGAGUCGAAAGCUUGAAGAGAAAAAGAAUUCUGAAAAGGAGAAAGCCAAGCAGCUAUCAAAGAUUUUUGAGGAGCAGGAUAAUAUUGUUCAAGGAGACAGUGAAGAUGAGGAGGAAGCUGAGCAUCUCACUCAUGAUCUAGCUGGAGUUAAGGUCCUGCAUGGCCUUGAAAAGGUAAUGGAAGGUGGAGCAGUUGUCUUGACACUCAAAGACCAGAGUAUACUUGCAGAUGGUGACAUUAAUGAAGAGGUUGACAAGCUUGAAAAUGUGGAAAUUGGAGAGCAGAAGCGUCGGGAUGAGGCUUAUAAGGCUGCAAAGAAGAAGACAGGGAUUUAUGAUGACAAGUUCAAUGAUGAUCCUACUGCUGAGAAGAAAAUACUUCCACAAUAUGAUGAUUCAGCUGUAGACGAGGGGGUCACUCUUGAUGCAAGGGGAAGGUUCACUGGUGAAGCUGAGAAAAAAUUGGAAGAGCUUCGUAGAAGGCUACAAGGUUCUUCCACAAAUAAUCGCUUUGAAGACCUAACUGCCUUUGGAAGGAUCUCAUCGGAUUACUACACACAAGAAGAGAUUCUUCAAUUUAAGAAGCCCAAGAAAAAAAAGUCCCUGCGCAAGAAAGAGAAGCUGGAUAUAAAUGCCCUUGAAGCAGAAGCUGUCUCAGCUGGAUUGGGUGUUGGAGAUCUUGGUUCUCGAAAUGAUGGGAGAAGGCAGGCAAUUAGGGAGGAAAAAGAGAGAUCUGAAGCUGAAAUGAGAAGCAAUGCAUAUCAGUCUGCAUAUUCUAAAGCGGAUGAGGCUUCUAAAUCACUGCGACUGGAACAAACUCUUCCUGCUAAACUGGAUGAAGAUGAAAAUCCUGUGUUUGCAGAUGAUGAUGAGGAUCUUUAUAAAUCCUUAGAAAGAGCUAGGAAAUUAGCUCUCAAAAAGCAAGAGGAGGAAGCAUCAGGUCCUCAAGCAAUUGCUCGCCUAGCUGCCACCACCACUACAGGCAGUAACAUUGUGGAUGAUCAAAACCUUACAACUGCCGAGUCACAAGAAAACAAGAUUGUCUUCACAGAGAUGGAAGAGUUUGUCUGGGGUCUCCAACUGGAUGAAGAGGCCCAUAAGCCUGACAAUGAUGAUGUUUUCAUGGACGAGGAUGAAGCACCAUCAAGAGCUGCUGAUCAAGAAAGAAAAGAUGAACCUUGUGGUUGGACAGAAGUUAAAGAAAUUGAUGAAGAUGAAAACCCUGUUAAUGAGAAUCAGGAGGAUAUAGUUCCAGAUUUAACUAUUCAUGAAGCUCCAGUUGGUAAAGGACUGUCUGGUGCAUUGAGUUUGCUUAAAGAGCGAGGAACACUUAAAGAAAGUAUCGAAUGGGGUGGAAGAAACAUGGACAAGAAAAAGAGUAAACUUGUUGGUAUAGUAGACAAUGAUGUUGAUAAAAAUAAAGACAGAUUUAAGGACAUUCGAAUCGAAAGGACAGAUGAAUUUGGGCGUAUUAUGACUCCCAAAGAAGCCUUUAGGAUGAUUUCUCAUAAAUUCCAUGGAAAAGGACCUGGCAAAAUGAAGCAAGAAAAGCGCAUGAAGCAAUACCAGGAAGAACUGAAGUUGAAGCAAAUGAAAAAUUCAGAUACACCAUCAUUGUCUGUGGAGCGGAUGAGAGAAGCCCAGGCUCAGUUGAAAACACCCUACCUCGUCCUCAGUGGUCAUGUUAAGCCAGGGCAAACCAGUGAUCCCAGAAGUGGUUUUGCAACUGUUGAGAAGGAUCUUCCGGGCGGCCUAACACCCAUGCUUGGUGACAAAAAGGUUGAGCACUUCUUGGGAAUAAAACGCCAGGCUGAGGCUGGGAACUCUGGCAUGCCAAAGAAGCCAAGAACUUGAAGACACCAUGAAAAUUUUGAAACUGUUGUAAACUUGAGGUUGAAGUUUGUAGAGACGAGACUGUUAAUAUAUAUGAUUGGCUAAGAAGUUUGUUUGUUAUGAGUUAGCUGAGGUGUUAGCUUGUCAGUUAACGAGCUAUGUAGGCACUUGUAGAGAAGCUUGCUAAUCAAUAAAAGCAUGCAUUAUUCUCGGUUGGAUCA